AUGGCGCCAGAUAAAAAACGCGCAGGCGACGCAGAUGCAACCAGCACUAAAAAGGGAAAGCCACCUGCGAAGCCUGCCCCCGAGGAUCUGGAGAUUCAGAUGAAAAAGCAGCUCUUGCAAGAGCUGAAAACACUGAAGGCAGAAUGUGAAGGCGAGGCAAGACUCUUCCAUGAGAUUUCGUCAGAGAAAGAACAACUGAGCCACCUCUGGGUGAUGGAACAGAGUGCGGCUGAGGAAAGACACGAUCUUUUACGGAAGAAGAAAGACGAAAUCGUCGAUGAAGUCGAAUCAUUCGGGAUGGAGUUGAAGCUGUGCAAGCUGCGCAUCAAGCAGCUGCUAGCGGAACAAAGCGAGGAACAGACACAGUUAAAGAUCGACGCCGAGGCUGCUCUGAAGCUUCGAGAGGACGUCCACAGCAUGGUGCAGUCCCAGAACGCAAAAACCUCCCAGGCAAUAAAACGUUACUACGGAGAUAUCACGUCUUCCAACCUUGAGCUAAUCAAACGCCUCAAGAAAGAGCAUGCGGAUCUUAAACAAGCGGAGACACGAGAGGGGAAACGCAUGGCCGACUUAAUUGCAAAGAAUCGGGGUCUUGUGGAGCCGCUCCGGAAAACGACACAGGAGACGGAAAAGCUGCAACAUGAACUCCGGUUGUACGAGAUCGACAAAGCCAAACUUGCUGAAGCAAAGCAGAAAUUGGCCGAACAGGCAGCAACUCUUGCUAGGCUGGAACAGCAAGCAGAGAUCUUGGAGCAGCAAUCCGAGACGCUGAAAAAAACAAAAACCGAGUUUCAGCAGCGGUAUCAGAGAACAGUUUACGGCCUUCAACAGAAGGCCGGCUUGAAGACUAUGAUUCUCGAAAGAAAGCUCAAGGCUCUGGAGGAGGCAGAGGAAGUCGCCCAGGCCCAGGUUGAAGAGCUGCGGUAUCGUCAACAUAUCGAAAGCUCGGAUUUGGUCCCCCUGUCCAAAGGAGCCGAUGAACUACUUAAAGCCAAAGACGCGCUAGCUGACGAACUACGGGACGACAUAAAAACCUUGAAGGAUCUCCACGACAUGGCCGUCGAGCAGUACGCGAGCUGCAUGGCCUCCACUGGAGUCCCAGUCGACGAUUUACAAUUCGUGCCAAUCAGAUACUCGUGA